AUGGGUGAUUCGGAAGGUUGUGGUGGAUACGAUUACUUGUUUGGCGAAGCUGAUGCAAUCACCAAAAAAAUCGAAGAAUAUCACAGAAAUUGUGGUAGAAUCGAUGAUUCUCCAGUACCUGUAGUAUCAUGGGAGCGUUCGUCCGAAUCAUGCAGAAAUCGUAGUAGAAUCGAUGAUUCUCCUGAACCCGUAGUACCAUGCGAGCGUUCGUCAGAAUCAUACAUUUCUCCUAUGAUCAAAUACCAACUUCAAAACCAACCGACCAUGUCUCUACCUUUUAAUUCCAUUUCAUCAGAGCAUUAUUCAUCACAAGACAUUUCUCAUAUGAUUUAUUAUCAUGAGUAUCAAAACCGGCCUACCAUGUGUAGCACUCGUCAUGAGUGUCAAAACCAACCUACCAUGUGUAACAUUCGCCAAAUAUCAUUUUGGAAACGUUUGAUAUCGAUUCUAGUACCGUGGGUGAUGCGAUUUUUUGUACCAAGAAGACCGAGGUCAAGACCAAUACUCGUCCCAGUGGCCGCUAACCCGCCUCUUCGUUCAACUUCAGGGGGUUAUGAGCCAAGACCAGCUCAUUCUUCAACUCCGGAGACCAUAACAUGUACUAUUACGGUUCUCUCUAAGAAUAUAUAA